UUUCAUGACGUCAUUGAGACCAACCAAUAGACGGGCCCCUCUCCAUUUUAUAGAAACGGUUGCUUUUAUUAUUGCCCAAAUUUCGGUUGGUGGAUGUUUAGAAAAAGAAGUUUUUCACUACAAUCCAUGUGUUUUUAUUGACAAUGGCGCCCUCAAUUGGAGUUAAUUUACGUGUAACAGGUCACUGUGAUCAGGGCGAUCGAAAGUACAUGGAGGAUGUUUUCAGUGUUGCUUACCAACAUACCAAAGAAGGCCAAGACUUGGAAUAUGCUUAUUUCGGUAUAUUUGAUGGACACGGAGGCAAACAUGCUGCUAUUUUCGCCAAAGAACACUUGAUGGAUAACAUUGUUAGUAAUCCUUACUUUUGGUCUGAAAAUGACGAAGAUGUGCUCAAGGCAAUUAAAGAGGGCUUCCUAACGACUCAUCAAGCAAUGUUUAAAGUUUUAGAGACAUGGCCCAAAACCAUGUCUGGUUUACCAAGUACGUCAGGGACAACCGCUAGCAUAGCUUUUAUCAGAAGAGGGAAGAUUUUCACUGGCCACGUUGGAGAUUCUGGAAUUGUUCUCGGUUACCAGGACCCAGACUCAAAUGUUUGGCUUGCCCGGCCACUUACACAGGAUCACAAACCAGAAUCUGCCAUGGAAAUUGGUAGAAUUCAAGAAGCAGGUGGAAAAGUUGUUUGGAAGGCUGGAGUACCAAGGGUUGUUUGGAACAGACCCAAAAUUGGUCAUCAAGGCCCAGUUCUUAGGUCAACACACAUCGAUGAGAUUCCUUUCCUAGCCGUCGCCCGGUCGUUAGGUGAUUUGUGGAGCUUCAAUUCGGCAUCAAAUCAGUUUGUUGUCUCCCCCGAACCGGAUGUUAACAUAAUGACGAUUGACGUUUCUAGACACCGUUGUCUCAUUCUUGGUACCGAUGGUCUUUGGAACAUGAUUCCGCCUCAGAGAGCGGUAGAAGUCGUUCAGCAUAUUGAUAGACAGAAUAAAACACAACCUAAUCCCGAUCAACAACCAUUGCCUUGGACGAAUCCAUCCAAGCGAUUGGUCAACACAGCACUCGACUACUGGAUGAUGAACAAACUACGCGCAGACAACUGUACGGCAGUGACAGCAUUACUCGAUCCGCCUGGUCCACCUCUCACUGGCCUCCUCAUGCCUGUGCGUAAACCGGAAGAUGUUGUCGCAGACCCUGACCUUAUACUAUCCGGCUCUGACGGUGGGACCGAAACCUGCGAGGAGCGCGUACAAACACCGGAAAACAAUCCUUCUGAACUAGCAGCUCUCCUAUCCGCACCUGUCGUUAGUGAUGUUACACCCGUCCCCCCAGCAGCUUUGCUGGAAACGAGUCUACCUCUCGACACAACUCCUGCAGACGUAGCAACACCUCUCAGAGUGUUACGUAACCGAAUGCACACAACCGACAGCUUAGAAAACAACAGGUGUAGCAGUAGGAAGUCGACGGCAGCUCCAGCAUUAGCAACACCUCCGCUGGGUUCUCAGUUGGCUAGCAUCCGUAAAAAAGUGGUGACUUUGGACCCAGCUUGUCUUUCGCGUAAAAGACCGAUGACCCGAUCUCGCCUUGAAAUAGCCAGCGAGGAGCGAAACGCUAGCGACACGGAGAAUCACGUCAACAACAGUAGCAACAGUGCCAGUAGUGCUAGUAGUAGUAAACGCAGUCGCAAAUCACUCCCGAUCGCCGCUUCGUCGUCUGGUAGUCAUCGAAUCCUGCGAUCCGGAACGUCACCUCAUGUUGUUGGGAUCCGAUCGUUGCGAUCCCAAGACUCCUUCAACCUCCGACUGGGCCAAAGUGGCACUCCUAUUCACUUGAGAAAGAAGAGAUCGAGGUCCUUUACGCCAAUGAAGAGGCGAAAGUAAAGCAGAAACUUUUUUAUACAAGUCCACAAACACACACACACAAAAAAAGCCGCUGCACAUUUCGCUUUGUACAGAGUUCUGUCGCCAGUUUUGUUUUCCUUUUUUUAUUAGUUAAAAACCAACAUUUUGGAAUGACUCGAUUCUGAAGCCGCUCGCCAGAUGGAAUACGUUGUUUCUCUUCUUCUUUAAAAUUUUCCAAAGGGAAAUUUCGACAUUUUGUUCGCCGAUUUUAAAUAAAAAUGUUUUGCAGUUCUUUGACAGGAUUCUUUAGACUUUCAAUCCUUGCAGGACCAAAACCGCAAACAAACAAACAAAAAAGAUGAUACAGUUUGAGAUUUUCUCGUAUUCUUUUAAUCGCUAUAAAUGGAUGCAUGCUCGGUCGCUGACGUAGUGUACACCGUAAACUAGCCACCCAGCGGAAAUGGUCGUACACGAUUCUGUAAACAAGAAAGAACCAUUUUUUGCACGUAAGAAUGACUGCAUUGUAAUAAUAUCAUUUUAGUGUGUUUAAGGGCAUCAUUAUUUUUACUUUUUUUUUAUUAUUUCGAGUCGCUCGCAGCGCGAUCGAGUUAACCAGGGUUGUUUAUCUUUUUUUUCCUUCUCUUAUGUUACACAUUGAUUCGACUCUUUUGUAUCUUUGCCGCUGGAUUUCUUGUUCCCCCACCCUAUUAUUCGUGGUAAUACAAAGAUAGAUAUUGUCGCCUAA